AAAGCACAAAAUCAACAAAUAUCAAAUCGAAAUCGUACGACGACAAAAGUGGCUAAGAAAAUAGAUAGAUAGAGAGAGAGAGAGAGAAUUUUCGGAAAGGUGGUUCGGUAGGAAAGAGGAAGAGAAACCAUCGUUUCGGGUCGAUUACCUAUUUCUAGUUGUAUAAAUAAAAUAUAUUGAAAUAAAUUAUGGAGUUUUGAGAGUUGGGAUUUUGAUUUUAUUUUUGGAUUUUGCCAAGGAAAAAAAGAUAGAGCUUUCGGGGAUAAUAGUUUGUUGUUUAUGGAGGUGUUGCCGAUGAGAUACGUACUCGUGGUUGUUGUCGUAUUGGUGUAUGAGUUUUCUACUUUUAGCUACGUAUCUUCGUAUUCGAAUCCGUAUGCUUCCGAAUCGACGUGCCGGCGCCGUCAGUCUCCUUCGUUUCUGCACGAUCUGAAAUUUCAGUGCUCCCUUCCGAUCUCCAUGCCUUCUUUUCCCAUUGAGAUGGAUGGAGAGUCUCUUGACAAAGUUCUGGACUCCAGUCAAAAGGAUGGGCUUACUGCUGUUUUAUUCCAUGCGGCAUGGUGUCCUUUCUCCAGCCGUGCUAGACAAGUGUUUACCACUCUUAGCUCCAUGUUUCCACAGAUCAAGCAUGUAAUGGUUGAGCAAUCUGCAACAAGGCCAAGUAGCUCCGAAUGUCCCUCAGAACCCAAACCGUAUGCAUCUUUAGCUCCGAAUGUCCCUCAGAAACUAGCAAGGCAAUUGAUACUAAUGAGUGUUUUCUCGAGGUAUGGUAUUCACAGCUUGCCUUCAAUUUUAAUUGUGAAUCAGACAGAAAUGUUGCGAUAUAAUGGCCACAAAGAUCUCCACUCUCUUGUGAAGUUCUACAAGAAAACUACAGGUCUUUAUCCAAUCAUGGAUAUGACUGAGAGUGAAAACAGCUAUGUUGAGAAAACCCAAGAAAUUUUCAUUCCAUGGAAUGGAACCUCUUUGAAGGAAAUGUUCGGAACGGAGCCAUACUUGGUACUUUCGGUAGCAUUUGUGUUGUUAAGGGCUUUAUUGUAUUUCUUCCCGGGGAUAGUAUCUCGUGCUGUGGCUUUGUGGGCUGCAUAUGUACCUCAUCUAAACAUGAGUGUAUUUGGAGAGUCGAGGCAGCUUUUAGGGCAUGUUCUCCACGUGAUUGAUCUGAAGAGGGUAUUGAGCAAGCUAAAGCUGUCGAAAGCAAGGAACUUCCAGCGAAGUGCACGGAAUGCUCGAGUUUGGGCUUCAUCCCUGACUUCCGUUUCCCUAGGAGAAGCUUCCUCUUCGAGAGUAGUAUCCCCUUCCGGAGACUUGUGAGUACGAGUACGAGGUGGUGGGGUGGGGUGGGCGUUGGUCAGUUCACAUCGAAACAUCAGAAUCCAAAGUGCAGGCAGACUUAGAUCACUGAAACCAGCUUCUAAAGCAUGUAGAUUUUGCCCUUUUUUGCCCUUUUGUCUUCUUGCUAGUUAUUGUUGUGGCUCUGCUAAAUCAUUUGUUUUGUUUCUGCAAAGAAUUAUAUAGUGUUGUGCUUUGGAGCUGGAAAUAUACAGCAGUGAAUGUAAAUGUGAGAACUGAGAAGAGAUGUUUUCCUCCUGUGUAUAUUAUUAUGGUAACUGUAAGUGAAGGAAAACUGACUUGCAAGCAAACUUGUUAAUCAAAAUGAAUGUUGGUUGUUCCA